AUGAGUGACUCAAUAGACCAAUUUAAUUAGUAAUCCUGCUUUUAAGAGGAUAAUUUUCAAGGGCCCAAUAUAAUGAUGGUUUCUGAAAGAAUUUUAUUAGGCGAUGGAGAUCUCUAUUAAAAAUCACCAGAUAGUAACUCUUACACUAUGCGUGAUCCAUCGAAAAUAUAAGAUCUUAGCAAAGAAUUGGUUGAAGCUGUUCCACUAGAUAUGCACAAAUCAUAGAAGGGAUUGAAGAAAUCAGAAUAUUAAUCAGCUUAUGCGAUUGAAGAAGAAUUGGAAAUUAGUGGUAAACCACAAUUUUUAAAACUUAUUAUCUCUAAAAGUCUACAAAAUAACUUCAUCAAUAAUUUGUGGAAUAGGAGCUAUUUAAGAAAAUUACAUCAGCUAACACCUUUUUAAGUUGAAGCAUUAGACGAUUUAUAAUUUGAAAAUGAAAUUUUCUAAGAGGGAGAUGAUAAUAAAAAAAAGGAAAUCAAUAUUUGGGAAAUAAUUAAAAAGUUCUUUAUCUAGUUAGACGUAUUCACACCGUAUAGCAAAUUCAUUUUCAUUUGGGAUUUGUUUUAGAUCUUCACUUAUGUGUUGAUAUUUUUUUGGUUGCCAUACAAGAUUUCAUUUUAAUUAGAUUCCUUUGGAUAACUAUUAAACUACAAGCCAAACAAUCAAAUGAUAGAGAUUAUUUUAUUGACCAUAUUAAGUUUUGAUGUUGUUGUUGGGUUGAAUUUAGCAUUUAUUCAUAAGGGAAUUAUAAUAACAGACAGAAAGAGAAUCAUAGUUAAUUAUUUUAAGCAAUAUGCAUUUGUAGACCUUGUAAAUAUAAAGAUGUAUAUUAGAAAAUAAGGUUUCAAUAAGUACUGUGACAAUACAAUUCUUCAUUUUAAAUGACAGUUAGCAAGAUCAUAAUAUCGACAAUGACUUGACUCUACAAAUAAUAUUUUGCGUGAUAUUUUAUAUAUUAAGAAUGACGAAAAUAAAUAAAAUACUAGCACAAAUACAAGAGUAAAUAUUAAAUAAUAUUAAAGGUUUUUCAAUUUAAAUGGAUCCUUGAAUGACCUAGUUGGGUUGCUAAAGUUAACAAUGAUAAUUUUAUUUAUUGCUCAUAUUUGUGCAUGUGUUUGGCAUGGAGUAGCCUUCUAUAAUGAUUCGUAUUCUUGGUUGGAUGCUUAUAAUUUGAGAGAUUAAGGAAAUGCAUCAAAAUAUAAUAGAGCAAUAUAUUGGGCUACAAUGACAAUGACGACAGUUGGAUAUGGAGAUAUCACUGCAAAAAACAAUGUUGAAUUAUUGAUCAAUAAUCUGACAAUGUUUAUAGCUUCAAUAGUUUUUGCUUAUUCAGUAAAUAGUAUAGGAAUCUUUGUGUCCAAUAUGUAUAAAGGAACUAUGGAAUACAGCAGGAGUGUUACUCUAAUCAACACUUUUAUGUCUAAAAAUAAGAUUUAAUUUUAACUUCAGACAAGAAUUAGGAGUUAUUUGGAAUAUAUUUGGUAGGAGGAACAAAAUAUGAACGAUGAUGAAGUUUCUUAAAUCAUUUGUAAAUUAAGUAGCCAUUUAUAAGAUGAACUCCAAUUUUAAUUAAGAGGAAAUAUACUCAGAAAUUGUAAAGUAAUGGUCAAGAUAUUUUCUGAAAAAAUGAUCAAGUGUUUAUUAGGAUAAAUGGAAGAAUAGAGUUUUUCACCGGAAGAGAGGAUCAUUACUAUGAACUAAAUUGAUGAUAGUUGUUUAUAUAUAAUUACAAAAGGAGAAAUUGAAUUGAUAUUUGAAGGCAUUAAUAGUCUUAAUGAAAGAGUCAAAAGGAACAGUUUGAAAUAUCUAUCUUAAGGUGAUUUCUUUGGUGAGCUUUCAUUUUUUACUGGAGAACCUAGAAAAUGCACAGCCAUAUCAAGAGGAUUCACAAAAGUGUUUAAAAUAAGAAGAGAAAACUUUUUGAAGGUUUUGUCUUCAUUUCCAAAUGAUUAUGAAAAGUUUUGUGAAGUGAAACAUUAAUUGAAAUAAGGAGAUUUUAAUUCUUUAUAGAUCCAAUGUUAUAGUUGUCAAAGCACUUCUCAUUUAAUUGAUUCUUGUAAUUAUCUCCAUUUUUGUGCAGACAAGGAAGCAAUUCUAAAAAAAGAACUUUACCCUCAUCAUUAAUAUCGUUCUCGAUUAGUUAGUAGGGGGGCAAAGGCUUUUAAACACAAGUGGAAUCAAUAUAAAUAUUUAAUCUAAAGAGCUAAAGACUUUUAAACUGAUUUUUAUUAAUAACCCACUGACAAUGAAAAUGAUGAAAAUGAAUAACCUUCACAAAUUGCCAAUGACAACUACACUUAUGAAGACGAAUCUAAAAGUAUGAAAUCAAUAAUUAUUAUCCUUAGUUGAGAUUGAUGUACCUUCCACACUGAAUUAAAGAAGCAACUCAAGAUCAUUAAGUAGAGUAAGUUAGAAACCAAAUCAGGUAAUCAUAGAAGAAGAUGAAGAUUAAAAAUUAUAUACUAGAAAGGUCGUUAAUCCAAGGGGAACUUUAUAAACAGCUGGAUUUGGAAAUGCAAGUUUAAGGGAAAGCAAAAAGUUUGAUUUAGCGAAGGAGUACGAAAUUGAAUAAGCCAUUUCUGAAGAAUCUUCGUCUGAGGAAAAAGAUUAGAUUAUCAUUCCCUAAUCUUAGAAGCCAAGUUAAGAGAGAACUCAAAAACAAAAAAUUACUUUCAUUAGAAAUCAAUCUUCAGAAGACAUAGUGCCUCGACAAGCUUCUCUUCGAUCAAGGACAUUUACUCAAAAUAAAUUAUAAUAAGAAAUCUUGAAAAGAAGCACAACUCCAGAUAAGUUGAGUUCAGAUAUUGAAAUGUCUCCUAAUUACAAUAUUACAAAGAGGUUGGCAGGGAAAAAACAUUCAACUACUAAGACUUUUACAAAACAAGUUUAAGAGGCUACAGAAGGCAAUCAGAAUUUGACUUCUGUGAUGGAUAACUAAACUUACUUACCGAUUAUACCACAAAUAUACUCUCAAUUUGAUAAGAUGUAGAUAUUUACUCAUUUUUUUCCAUUUAGUAAUUACGAUAUUGUAAUCAAAAGAUAUCAAAAAAUAUAGAAGUAUUUUGGUAAGAAAAGAUAGUAUCCCGAGUCUUCAAAGUAUUCGUUCUUUUUUAUGACAAUCAAGAAAGGUUGGAAAUUAAGAAAGUUGGGUCAAAAGUUAUAAGGAUUGAAAUUAGUGGAUACGAUAAAGAAGCCAUUUGGGAAAACUAUAUAGAGUGGCAAAUAUAAUAAAACUAAGAAUAUAUUGAAUAAUCUUGGAAAUAAUGGAUAAGUAAUUCCUUAUUUGAAGAAUGCAUAAGUAAUAUAGGAAGAAAAGUUAUGA